CAGCCUGCCAAUUUGCAUCUCCAGCUAUACGCGGCUUUUGACCUACUUACCCCAAUCCCUUCUACCGAUCGAAGACGACGAUGACGAACUACGGCACGAUCCCCACCUCCGCUUCCGGCGAAACUUCUCCUCAGGGUUUCAUCUCCAGAGCCAAGGCACGCGGCCGAUCGGCGCUUGCUACUCGCCGGCCAUGGCGGGAGUUGAUCUACCUCCACUACUUCUCCCUUCCCCGAAGCCUCGGCGAAACCUACAUCCGGAUCCGAAGCAACACGAUCUAUUUCGCUAUGAACUACAUCAUCUUCCUCCUCCUCCUCGUCUUCCUCAGCCUACUCUGGCACCCCGUUUCGCUAAUCGUCUUCAUUCUUAUGAUGGCUUUCUGGCUUUUUCUCUACUUCCUCCGUGAUGAGCCUGUUGCUAUCUUUGGUCGGACGAUCGACGACCGAUUAGUGCUCGUCGCGCUCUCGAUUGUAACGCUCGUGCUCUUGCUCCUUACUGAUGCUACGGGUAAUAUUCUAAUAUCGUUGCUCGUUGGUGUUGUUGUUGUUUUGAUUCACGCGGCGUUGAGGAGAAGUGAUGAUUUAUCUUUGGAAGAGGAGGGGGCGGGGCCUAGAGGGUGGUAUGCGGCUGCCGGAGAUGGUGGCGGCGGUGGUAGUCUCUCGCCGUAGUCGUAGUUUGUUAAUGGAGAUGUUUGUAUAUGCUAUUCACUUUUAAUUGCUUUUGUUGUGUGAUUUUGUUCUUGUAUUGGAUCGCAUUUUCUUCCUCAUGAGAUCUAGGGUUUUGGUUUCAGACGUUCCGGAAGGAAUGGAAUGGGCUUCUUUUGCUGAUUUUA